AUGUCUAGCAGAAAAGACCACGGCUUGAAGCAGCAUGGUCUGUCAGAUGAUGCCGUCGAGGCGGGACAUGACUUUAUCCACGAUGCUGAAGUCGAGGAAGAGCGAAGACGCAGCGGAGAUGCCAGCUCGAUGCCAUCGAUGGAAUCUCAGCAGAAGAAAAGUGUAAACCUCGAAGGGAUGCAGUCCAGCAAAUCAACAGGUCAAGAGAAGGCAGGCAAGAAAACCUAG